AUGGCACUUGAGCCUUCAACUCCAGUAGAACUGCGCUUCAGAGGUUCAACUCGUGGGUCGCGUUCCGAGCGUGCAUCCUUGCUACCUACAGAGCCGGCACAUUGGUAUGCUCCCGGUGGACUGCGCGAUCCCGGAGGGCAGGUGAACAGCAUCAGUGUCGACGAGCUCCACGAGGCUGCUCUCAGAGGAGACAUUCAGCUUGUGCGCAAGUUUAUCGAAGCAGGUGCUCCUGUGAAUGCUCCUCUGCGAGUUGCGGGAGGGGAUGAGUACGUAACUCUCCUGCAUGUGAUCUCAGCAAGACGCUCAUUGCCGAACGGGCCAGGAAUCGUCUACGAGCUCAUCUAUGGAAAGGCUAACCCCAAUGCACGCAGCACUCUGGGUUCCACGCCGCUGAUGUUCGCCUGCUUUCACAAGAAUGCACCCCUGGUGGAGGUAUUGUUGGACACUGAAGCAGAUCCAGAUGCUGUGGAUGAUCAUGGCAAGACAGCUCUUCGCUAUGCCGUCUCCCUGCAGGGCAAGGAUGGACCGCAUGAUGAAGAAGAAAAGAGUGCCCAGAUCAUCGAAAUACUGGAAGAGAACGGGGGCGAUCUUGACAAAGGUGGAAGCCUGUCGCCGAUCGCGGAGGCGGUCCUGCAGGAGAACGGCGCAGCAGUUACGCAGCUUUUGGCGCUGGGUGCUGUGUCAGAUGGUCUCAUCUAUGCCGUUUCCGAGAAGCCGUUGAGAGUCGUCAAGGAGCUGAUCCGUGGGGGAGCAAACCCCUUCGUGCAAGAUUCGGAUGGCCGGACUUGCAUGGAGUUGGCAGAGGAGCGGGGAGACGAGGCCGUGAAGGACUGCUUGCAACGCUACAUUGCUGAGCUCGAGAGGUCGCGAAGCCAGCAUCUGAAGUCGAAACCGUUCAGCGGCGACCGCAGAUGGCCCACCGUCAGAGCCCGUGAGCAGUCUCAGUGGCUGGCUUCGGGGCACUGCAAGUCCGAAGUUCAGGAGAGCAACGUGAACAUCGUGCUCCCCCUUUCGCUUGAUCGACCACUCUCGGAGCCGACACCGACUGCACAGCUAGUGCGUCUUCAGGUCAAACUGCUGCUGGACAACCCCGUUUUUCAGGCCGUGUUGACUACAAACCUGGUCCUCGCCCUCUUCCUGCCUGAUUUCUGGGUAAUUUUAGCAAUGCAAGGCAGGACGGCCCUGGACGUUGCCCUUGUCUUGAUUUUCUUGACUUUUGCAAUUGAAUUCGGAGCGCAUGUGAUUGCGUUUCCAAACACCUACAUCGGCUCGUACACUUUCUGCACUGACAUCAUCAGCAUGCUGUCUGUUCCGUUGGAUUUCUCCUUGGUGGCAGACAACUUCGUUGGUCUUUUUGAGGGUUCCGGGCUGGCUCGCGUCACGAAGUUUGCAAAGCUGAGCGCACGCGCUGUGCGCCUGUCAAGGCUUACGAAGCUGCUCCGCUUUCUCCCUGGGUCGCGCAAGCAGCUCGAAAUGGAGAGGAGCCGUCAAGGUCCAGCCAAAGAAAUAUCGCUGGAGUUGAUGGCUGACCUGUCGCUCAAGGUAGCCAUGCUGAUCAUUGGCUUGGUGUUGGUUCUGCCCUUGCUAGACUUCUUCAAGUAUCCUCCGGACGAUAACUCCAUGGCCACAUGGACCAGCCAGCUCUACUGGACGUCAAAGACACAUCCAGAGGAUGCUAUGGCGGUCAUUGAGGACAUGAGGCAGUUUUACAACGUCUUGGAAUACCAUCCCUUCCAAGUGAUGUAUUCCAUCAACAACACACAAAUCUCUCACGUGAUCGCGAGCGCAACUGCCCCUAUGAGGGAAGCCGAUAUUGUGACUUUGGAGAAAGAGGAUGCUGCAAUCAAAUUCAACUUCAGGGCACCUAUUCUGGCCGAGGCUGUUCUGAAUGUGGUGCUGAUGUUCAUUGUCAUACUCUUUAUCUUUGUUGCAUCCGGUGGUGUUGCUUCUGCCGUGUCCUACACUGUCCUUUCUCCGGUCGAAGAUCUUCUGGAAAUUGUGCAUUCUACUGCUAUGCAGAUUUUUGACGCAGUGGAACACAUGGCGAUCUACUUCGUCAAGGAUUAUUCGAACCAGCAGAGUACACAUGUGGAAGCAGAGGACGAGGGGAGGACUCGCUUCUCCCACGAAGUGCGCUUACUGGCCAAGGUUCUCAAGAAGUUGGAUCUCUUGACAUUGAUUGCCAAUGCAAAGAGACCAGUAGAUGAGUUCGAACAGCUUGGUGACGGGCCAUGUGCUUUCUUGCCAGACUACGCAACGUACGCAGCCGCAAGGCAUCAGCGCAUGCUGCCUCGCUCAGACUCUGAAGCAGAACGCGAAGAGAGUGAGCUCCCUGUGCUGAUGGAGAGUAUUGGACAAGAGCUUGGUCCAGCAGAGAUCUCGCGCAAUGAUUUCUUUUCCUGGGACUUCAACAUUGCAGAGUUGAAUAUCGGGCAACGAGCUUCCCUUGCACGGUGUUUGGUGACGAUGUUCAACGAAAGACAAGCGGUCAGUGUGACCAAAUACACCUGCCACUGUGAGUUCGUGAAGGAAUUAGAGCAUCAAUUUCGAGAUGAGGAGGAAGUUCCGUUUCAUAAUUGGAUCCAUGCGGUCGACGUGGCUUUCUCGCUGCACAUCGUCUUUAACGUUACCUCUGCGGCCAACUUCCUUGCACUCCAUGAACGCCAUGCCCUCAUGCUGGCAGCUCUAGCACAUGAUGUUGGUGUCAACAACAGCUUUCUCCGCGACUCCAGUCACGAGCUGGCAUUGCUGUACAACGACCAGUCCUGCCUGCAGAACAUGUCCUGUGCCAAGCUUUUCCGCCUCGCGAGUUCUCCUGAAACAGCGAUCUUCAGUAACUUCGACGAGCCCACUCGUCGAGAUGUCAUCGUCAGCGCGAUUCUGCACUGCGAUCCGGCGUGCCACGAGUCUCUCAUGGCGCACAUGUUGCGGCACUAUGAGAUUCAACAAGAGCUCUUCGAGUACAUCCAUCAGUUGUUGAGGGAAGACGACGAAGAGAAGCAGGAAGUCUUGGCCAAAGCCAAUGCAGAGGUCGAGGAGUACUUUUGGAACGCGGAUGUGAAGUACACUCUUCGGAACUUUCUGCUGCACUUCACGGACAACUCCUACUCCCUGAAAACCUGGGAGAUUUGUUCGACCUGGGCAGCGCGCGUCUCCGAGGAGUUCUUCAAGCAGGCUGACAGGGAGAGGAUGUGCAAGUUGCCGAUAGGACCGUUGAAUGACCGGGCGCGGGUCAACGUGCCAUUCGUCCAGGUCACCUUCAUCAAGCAUCUGGUUGCACCGCAAGCAAUUCUGAUAGUUAAGAUGCUCCCGAGCAUGCGUGUCUGCACGCGCUCAAUGUGGAACAACCUCCAGAGGUGGGCCUCCAAGUGGGAGCGGAGCGGCCCAGACCAUGAUGAGAUGCAGAGGGUUCGCAGAGAGAUCACGCAGCUACAUUGGGAGGCCAAUGAGGAAGAGGAAGCAGUGGAGGCUGUGAAGACGGAGAAGACGGAGAAGCUCUCUCUUGAAGGGUGA